AUGGCUGAAACAUGGAUGGCUCUUCCGCUCUUUAACCGUCAAAAUUCUCCAGAAUCAUCGCGUGAUGUUCUGUCGAUGGCGAGCCCCGGGCUGCUACCUAUAGAUCCUUCUCCAGAACACGACGAAACGAACAAGUUCGGUCCCUUUGAUCUUCUUGACAACCUCCCGGGUGAGCUACAACUUCCCGCGGAUUUGAAUCCUGCAAGGGUGGGUCCGACCACUCACUUACCUGACUUGACGGAUAGGGCCGACCCGGAGCCCCGAUGGAUGCAGAUCAGCGACCUUGAAGUUGUAGGACCCGGUGCUGUGACAUGCCCGUUUCCUGGGUGCAAGUCGACACUGCGGUUUACCGGGUCCCGCGAGCUUCGACGGCACUAUAAACAACAUUUCAAACGAUUUUUUUGCCGUUAUCCGCAUUGUCCGCAGGCUGGGCCGGGUCUACAGGGCCCUCAUCCCUCCACUAAGCGCGGCUUCGCGACGAGGAAAGACCGUGCCCGACAUGAGGCAAAGCACGACCCAAGGAUUCAAUGCCCUUGUCUGGAUGAGAGAGGCGAGCGAUGUUCGAGGAUGUUCAGUAGACUUGACAACAUGAGAGAUCAUGUGCGCAGGAUCCAUAAUAACAGCCACUACGCGGGUCAAGAGACACACGGCACGGCCGAUGCGAUUCCCGAUAUAGACAUUCAUCAUGAAAUCGAGGCAAGAAGCUGA